AUAAGUUGAAUGAAACUUUGGACUUCAUUAAUUUUUGACUUACAUGGAAUAGACUUGAUUAAUUUGUGACUUACAUAUGGAAAAUAGAAUUGAUUAAUUAGUUUGUAACUUAAAUAUGGAAUAGACUUGAUUAACUUUGAUAAUACAAACAAUAUUAAAAUGCAUAAAUAUGUAAAUAUGUGAAAAUGGAAACCACAAAACUAUACCAGUAUAAAAGAUUAAUGCAGUCAGUAAAUCUAAACAGGCAACUCUGUGUGUGAUAUAUGAUAUAAAACAAUGAAGCAAAUAGUAAGUGAAUUCGUAAGCAACACCUCUGGGCAUGGAUGGGGAAUGGUUAGUCGAACCAGUAGCAAAUUUGGCAAGGCAUUAUGGAUAGUAAUAACACUUCUAUCAACCAUAGCUGCUAUCAUUUGGGUAUCGACUAUAAUAGUUCGCUACGUCAAAUAUGAAACAAUUGACAGAGUAGAUGCAAAAGUGGAUGAAGACAUUAUAUUUCCAUCUGUAACUGUGUGCCCACUCUAUGGUUUUUCUCAAACAAAAAUAACGGGAGCCUUUUCUGACCCCAAUAGUGAAAUGCACUCUCUUACCAGCUUUCUGGAUUCAUCCUUUGCUAACAUAGAUGGAUUUGUGCAGAUGACCAAUGAAACAUACGAGUCUAUUCUGUCAAAUAUAAUUCACGAGGCAAGAUCCAACAGAGGGUUUUAUGAGCAUGUGGGCAUAGAUGGAGUUUCGACUUUUGGACAUGAGCUCCGCAAUUUUAUCCCUUUCUGUUUAUAUCAAGAAAAGGAAUGCUCAGCAGCUGACUUUCAGAAGAUAGUUCAUCAUGAAUACAAAAAUUGUUACACAUUCAAUGGUGGGGAUAUCAACUUAACGAAACCAAUAAUUGCCAGUACAGGAGCUCAAAAAGGACUUUCCCUUACACUUUACUUGGAAAAUUCAGAAUUUGCUUAUGUGACUUAUGACUCAAAUCGUGUAAUGACUGCUGCAUCAGGGGCAAGGGUGAUUAUACAUGAAAAGGGAACUUUACCUGAUCCUGAUAAUGAGGGAUUUGAUGUAGAACCUGGACAUCUGAUUAGCGUUGCUCUCUCUGUGGACAGACGGCAGCUUCUAAAACAGCCUUGGGGUGAAUGUGCCGAGCAUAAUACGCUUCACUCAACCGAUUUCAAAUAUUCCCGAAACACAUGUAAAAUCAAAUGUAUGGAGAAAGUGAUCGAGCGACAAUGUGGAUGUAGACAUGAUUUGCUCCCAGUUGCAUUAAAUGCAACAACAGAAUCCGACAUACAACCUUGUGGUAAAAUCAACAGAGAAGAGUGGCUGAAGGCAUCUGAAGCAAAUAGUACUGUUCUAAAAGAGGACCUUGCAAGGGUUAAAUGCUCAAAGGAGGAGCAUCAAUGGACUAUACUCUCUAAGGAUAUCCCAGGUUGUGAAUGUGAAUACAACUGUACAUAUGUUGAUUACCAAAUCGAGACAUCUCAGUCUGUGUGGCCAACCAGGGGCUCUGAGCUCGAUUUCUAUUGUCAGCUGAGUUAUACUCAUGCAUCAGCUUUCAUAGAAAGGUUUAAUACCAGCAUCCGUGUUCACUGCGCUGAUCUUAUGGAAUAUAUAAAUGUUGCGCAAAACUAUGGUGAUGAAUUGAGAAGGAAUGUUCUCCGUGUAAAUGUAUAUUUCAAAACUCUUGAGAUGAAGUACACAAUCCAGGAGGAAGGCUUCUCAUUGGUUUCAAUGAUAUCAGAAAUUGGGGGAGUUCUUGGCAUAUUCGUUGGCAUAUCAAUCAUCACUAUACUCGAGAUUUUUGUCCUAUGCAGUGGCAUUGUACAUGCAAUAAUAAAUGGCAAAAAAAUCUCCAGUGAACAAAAUGUGAAAGAUAAUAUGUCAACACCAAAAAACAAACUUGAGGAAUUAUCGUAUCACAAAACUAAUGACAUUGUAUAAAUAGUUUGAAAAAUAUUAGUCUCUACAGCUACAUUUCUAUUACAAAUACCAAAAAUUCGAGUAAAUUGAACGAUACAUGUUUUUCUGUUUUCUAAAAGAAAUCAUGAAAUGAUGUUCUUAUUCAUAACAAAUACACAAUAUUCCUCUGAUGGAUUUGGUAAGAUUACACAGAAUAUUGAAAAUGUUAUGGAUGAUAAUUAGAGGAUAUCCUAUGAUUUUGAGGAAUAUCAUUUUUUUUAUCUACGAGGUGAUAUUGAUAUCUGCCCGAGAGAGCAAAGCGAACGAGUGCAUAUAUCAAUAUCACCGAGUAGAUCAAAAUGAUAUUCUGAAAAAAAUCAUAGGAUGUUCUUAUUAUCCUACACUUACAAGGAGUGUACUAAAUGUAUAAUAUCAUUGCAAAAUGAAUUUCAUGCCAAAUAGAGCCAAUUUGGCGGGAAAUCAACAAGCGGAGUAUAUCGUCAUAAUAUCCUCCGCAUAUUGGGUUUUCGGGAGUAUAUCGUCACGAUAUCCUCCGCCCGGAGUAUAUUGUUACGAUAUCC